CGGAGUCGACCACCUCGAAAUUCGUCUGUUCUCAUCAGCCCUUUUGAGAAAAUCUCCCAAAUAUUGAAGAUCCGGAUUAAUACAUAAUAGCAAAUGAGGUCUUUGGGCACUGGAAUUCGCCGACCUUCGGUAUAGCGCCAUUUGUGAGGCCGAUAGGCCUGCCUUCGACAAGCUCUCCAACUCUCAUCAUCGUGGAGGGGUAGCCGUUCGAGCACCACGUCAUGUCCCAAGGCCGAUUUCGUCAGGUCGGGAUGUUGAGUGUAGCUAGCUUAGGCUAUAUCUAAUCCACCAGCGCGUUCACGGUGUUGGAAGGCCACCGUUUACCGAUGUGGCUCGCUCAUGGCCUUCGUCGAGGACCACAUGUCAGCAUACUGGAACGGCCAGGGCAUUUUCUAUCCUUGGGAUAUGUUCACCUUCGAGGCUGAGAAGGAGCAAUCUGGGCUGGAGCCAGUGCAUUUCCCCGGUCAUUGUCGCAUCGAGCCCACUAGGAUGUAUCAUGCAACGAUCUCCCAUGGCGAAUGGCCGAGUUUGGCGUUGCCCACCGCAAUGAGUCCUCUGGCGCGCUCGCCGGGCUGACUGGAGUGCGACGUUUUGUUCAGCGUGAAACCAUCCAGCCAGGCUUCAGUCUCCGCACCGAUCCAAAAUACGUUACGUGGUGGAGGAUAGCACCCAGGCGGCAGGCGAUGGAAGCGGUGCCGACCUGCUAGCCGGUUAUGCUCGGACAGUCGUGAUCCACUGGACCGUCUUUGAGAGCUUCUAGGAAUUUCGACAAAGCACUUUAAUG